GUCAACACUCUACAUCGCUCGUUAUUUUUGGUAGAUGCAGAUGAUUUGGUGUAGCGGUAAGUAGAAGCCAUUUCAUUUUCUUUGAUCAACAUCAAAGCAAUAGAAGAAGCAAACUACUUUGACAGACAAGUUAUCAAGCCAGUAUGGGCGCCAAAAAGGGGGGAAAGGGGUCGUUCUCCUGGUCUAAGCGCGACCCAAAUAAGCCGAGACUAACGGAUGAAGAGAAGCGUGCCAAGGCGAAGAUUCAUUUGGAAGCCUUUCGGGCCGCAAAGCAAAACGGAAAAUUUCCCGACAAGGACAAUCCCGGGAGCUGCAAUGCGAACCACGAAUCGACCUCGGCACUGACCCACAAAGAGAAGCUGAAAUACGAGUAUCAGGAAAAAGAGCAGCGGAAGGAAAUGGUGAAGAACGCGAUGCUGAUUCAGGAAAAAAAUCCUGAUCUGCGGGUGCAGUCGGUUAUAUGGAAGUGUCAGAAUCGAAAUUGACAAAAUCGAAAAACUUGUGAUGCAUAAGAUCGAUACCAGUUGGAGCCUCAGUUUGCAAGCGGCGCAUGACAAAUUUCGCGAGCACCCAAGUCCAGUCUGUCACGCUGUUUGGGUAAAGGAGACAGGUCCUGUCAUGCUACAAUGGCAGCGCAUUGCAUACUCCUAAACAGGCUUGCGAUCGAUCUCAUUUGCCUGCUCCCCAAUACAGGCCUCCAGUGCCCUGCAUUUUAUGCAUCACAGAUUUUUCGACUUUGUCGAUUUCGAUCCUGACACAUCCAUGGGCUAACCACAAUUCGCUGAUGUUCGGGAAAAAGAUGCAGCGUGAUGGUGUUGAUGACGACGAGGAAAGCGAUGCUGAAGCUGGUGAAAACGACAGACAUUUUCUCGGGUCAAAACGAAGUAGAGAGAAUUCGUCUGAGGAAGAAGGUGGUGAAAAUCGGCAGCAGCAUUUCAGCAGCCGUGCGGCUACCGCGAGAAUAAACAUCAAAGAUGAUUUCAACGCGCAGCUUUGGGAUGCGCAUGCAAAAUCUGCCAGCGCAAGCACUGCGAGGAGCGGGACAAAAGGAGCCGUCGCUCAGCAAGCAACGACAAUGACCUCGACCGGGGCAACCGCUAAAAUAAAUUUGUCUUCUGCAACAGCAAGCAAACCGUCUGGCAGUUCAUUUGAACAAGAGGAAAGGGAGUUUGCCGUGGCUUUGAAUUGGCACGAGAACUUGGAAUUUCUAGCGACGGCGGAGUUGGAGAUUAUGCGGCAGUAUUUGGAAAAUAGCAAAAGGCAACUGCAGAAAGCGGCGACGGACUUUGAUAAGAAAGACCAGAGCGAAGACACAACCGCAACGACGCUGCAGUUUCCUCAGCUCGACGACUACAAUACGAGUUUGCUGAAGUUUUUAGUGAAAAAAAGGUUUAACUUGCAGGUUUUACCACCCGUGAAACAGUCUCUGGCAACCUCAAGGGUGACGAAUGACGUUGCAAGUAGGAGAUGUGGGGGCAUUCGCGUGAAAAUUCCGUCGACCGUUUCCAAUGCAGCGUUUGCUCCUUUCGGCCGACGGAGUGCUAGAACCGCUACUGAUGCUGGCGACGAGAAGAGCAGCAGCAGUGCAACACUUUCCAUGACCCUCCCUUCCAUGUCUAUCGUAGACCUGGUUUGCACCUCAACCGGCGCAGCGGAGGUGCCGAUCACCAUGGGAGUGGAGCAGACGUUUGCAGAGGAAAGAUUAAGGCAGUUGCUGCGCAUGACAAAGAACUCAACCAGAACUACUAGCAAGAGCGAUCUGCUCUUCAUCAGCGACACGAUUUUCAAAAAGCAUUACGAGGACAACGACAGCGACAGCAACUCUGACGAGAGCGAUAGCGGUGAGAAUUUCAUCGGCGGGCCACCGAAGAAAUUGCUCCAAAACACCGCGAAAAGGAGGAGAGUGGAUGAUGAAAAUUCUGCUGCGGGGGAUACGGCUGGUAGAAUACAACACACCGCGUCCUCUACAACAUCAUCUGCUGUUGUCUUUCCGCACUACAACUUCGAGCGUUUUCGCGAACAGGAAGGCAAGUCGUGGAAGGAGAAUUGGGCGACGGCGAAGUGGCCAAGCCUGAAACUGGACAACCGCGCCCAACCGAUCGAGGUAGACACGAUGAACGGGGCUGUUUUGUCCUUUCUCUUCACGCCGAGGGACUUCGCGAAGGAGAAAGAAGGGCUGGAACUCCUGCUGGAAAAUUUUCCACCGAGGAGAAACGGUGGCGAUUCCGAUCUUCCUGCGAACACAGUGGGAGAGAUUAUGAAGAUGAAACCCAUCUCGCUGCGGUUGAUCCGAACAGAGAACUUCAACAAGAGCAAGAAGAGAAGUCCCUGGAAGUUGAAGAUGAAGGGGCUGCUGGAGAACAUCGAGUAUUGUAUUGGGACUCAAAACAGCAAGUCACCACUGUUCUGGAUGGAGAAGGAAUUUGAGUUUUCGGAGAGCUCACAGCGGAUCUGGAUCGCAUUCCUGGACGGCUGCAAGGUGGUGGUGGGCACGUACCCAGGCCUGCUGCAAAAUAAGAUCGCGGAGUUCCAGGUGGUGAAACCGACGGAGGACGGAAGUAGUGAAGAGGGAGAAGUAGACGGGAACGAUGGCACCAGCAACGGCGUUAGCAUGACAAAAGUUCGAUUCGGGUUUGUCGGUGGCGAGAAGGGAGGGCAGUCAAUAUUUGGCUUCGGGCGUGCAGUGCCGACUGUCACGAGUAUCAGUCUGCAGCCCAGGAAGUUGACAGAUUUGCUGUGGACGAACGUAGAAAAGGAAGUGCCGUCCAAAGAUACGUCCGCUUUUCUGAAUGCCAAAAGUGUGAAUUUGAGUCUCUGACUAUGCUGCUCAGAAGAAGGCUGAUGCUGUUGAUGAUCGAUGACUGAAGAAGAAACACUAAAUGAAAAUGAAAGACGCAGUCUUUUGUUCGCGACCAGGAAUGAACAACAAGGGGAAUGAAAAUCAGGCCUGUGCCAAAGCAGAGACACGUGUUGUGGCUUCUCCUACUUGCGUUCUUGGUUGCCGUUUAAAUCGAUGCAACGGACGAUGGAAAUCG